UGUCACGAGCUCAUAAGAAAACUCGCUGGCACUAAGCAGUAAAUAUUCGAAUUUCGUCCACACCGUACGCAGGGCAGCGGUGGCCACCGAUUUCCAGACCAAGAGAUGCUGGCGAUCCUUACCGUGGACAGGAUUGCAAAAGACAGUUUUCAAUUAACCCGUGUAGUCCAGUUUUAACCGAACACUGUUCUGGAGUGCUGUGUUUCUUUUUCUUCCAAACUUGCUCAGUUUUUUUUUUCUACAUGGACCGAUGAUCACGGUAUUCGAUGCGUAAAGUGAAAAGACAGAGAAACGGCAAAUGUCCCAGCAGCGGCGCACCUCACGUCCCAGCAAAUGAUAGGGACAGAAGAAGUGUUUUUUAGGAAAGUGUAGUGGUUAGAACGAAUUGUUUUUAUCAUACGGACGCAUAAGCUCAGGCAUUCCGCAGCAUCGGCGGAGGUGCAUUCCUUUGCGUAACUUUCGGAAUUUUCCCCAGUGUUUGCUCCACUCUAGAACCACCAGUCUGCGCUAAUUUCAUUUUUCCCAUACGACCGGGGGCUCAGGAAACGCAAAAAUGGCUUCAUCGCAGGAACUGGAAGGUCUGCGGUCCGAGAUCGAACGACUGACGCGCGAGCUGGACCAGGCUAGCAGCGAAAAUAUCCAAUCGGCAAAGUAUGGCCUGGUGUUGCUGGAGGAAAAGCAAAAUCUGCAGGUCAAAUGUGAAGAGUUGGAAUCGAUGUACGAGAAUACAAAACAUGAGCUGGACAUUACACAAGAGGCGCUACAAAAGUUCCAAAAAACUCAACAAGUCACCACCAAAUCCGGCAUCGAACAGGAAGAUGCUUUGCUCAACGAAUCGGCCGCGAUGGAAACGUCGCUCAACAUGCACAUCGUAGAGCUGGAGAAUGAAACCAAACAGCUACGCCACGAGCUCGAUCGGGUGACAAGCGAGCGGGAUCGUAUGCUGCAGGAAAAUGCCGAAAUUGGCCGCGACAAAUCCGGCACGGAAGCAGAGCGGGCGCGCCUGAAAGCUGAGCUGAAGGAUAUGAAAUAUCGUGAGGCCCGUAUGCUGGCCGACUACUCGGAGCUCGAGGAAGAGAAUAUUUCCCUCCAGAAGCAGGUGUCCAGUUUGCGAAGCUCACAGGUCGAAUUUGAAGGUGCAAAGCACGAAAUCCGUAGACUUACGGAGGAAAUCGAGCUAUUGAACUCGCAGGUGGAAGAGCUGGCUAGUCUAAAGAAAAUUGCCGAAAAACAGAUGGAAGAUGCCUUGACUGCAUUGCAAGUUGAACGUGAAAAUAAAUACGCUUUGAAGAAAGAGCUUGAUACACAUAUCAACCGUGAAUCAAUGUACAAUAUCAGUAAUCUGGCAUAUAGUAUACGCGGCAUGGAGGAAAGUGCCCUGAACAGCAGCGAUUGUGAAGAAGAAAUACCCGCGUUGAGAGAUUCAACACUGAAACGAUUAGAAGCCACCCUGGAAGCAGAAACAGCGGACUUGAAGUCGCCCGACGGCACAAAGGUUGACCUGUUCUCGGAAAUUCACCUCAACGAACUGAAGAAACUCGAGAAACAACUCGAAACGAUGGAAAACGAAAAACUCUGCCUGACCGCUAACCUGCGCGACGCCCAACAAAACCUUGACAAGAGUCAGAACGAUUUGCAAAACUUUAUGGCCAAGCUGAUGCUACUUGCGGCGCACGUUGAUGCACUUCACACGCUGAAAAAGCAGAUUCAGAUCGAAGAAAACAUCACCGCCGUCACUCCUACCAAGGACAAGGAUGUUAAUGAGAAACUAAACGAAGCAAUCAUGCAGUACUCGAAUUGGUUCACACUGAGCUCCAAGGAGAUUGACACACUCAAAUCUGAUUUGGCGGAAUUGCAAAAGGGACUUAACUGCUCGGAUGCCAUGGCAGUGCUACGUAACGAGAUUACAAACUUGAAGAACAAGUUGUUGUCGGUGGAACAGAAAUCACUCGAUCUACACAGUGACAUUCAGGUGCUGACGGCGCUCUCACAAACUGCUGGCCAGAGCUUGAACACCACUCGCAGUAACCUUGUUGCAUUAAGUGACGAUCUGGCGCAGCUGUAUCAUCUAGUGUGCACAGUCAACGGCGAAACACCUAACCGCGUCCUGCUGGAUCAUAAGAACGAUGAUUUGAGCUUCGAGAACGACUCACUGACGGCGAUUCAGUCCCAACUGAAAUCGGACAUUCUCACCUCCAAACCGCAUGUCUUCGAAGACCUGCAGGCACUGAGCGAUGCAGUAGAGAUCCGCAAGUACGUGGAUACUGUGAGCGAUCAGAUUCGGUACCUCAAGACCGCCGUUGAGCAUACGAUCGAGCUGAACAAGGAUAAAGUGGUCACGGAUUCGUCCGGUUCGUCGUCGGGCGAGGGCAAGGAGGCGAAGGAAGAGAUCGCCGAUUUGCAUGAGCAGAUCAUUAAGCUUCGCAGCCUGCUAUCGACCAAGCGGGAACAGAUUGCCACCCUGCGCACGGUGCUCAAGUCCAACAAGAACACUGCCGAGGUUGCGCUGACCAACCUGAAGUCGAAGUACGAAAACGAGAAGCUAGUCGUCAGCGAUACGAUGUCGAAGCUGCGCAACGAGCUACGCAUUCUGAAGGAAGAUGCGGCCACCUUCUCCAGUCUUCGGGCAAUGUUUGCCGCACGCUGUGAGGAAUAUGUCACUCAGGUGGACGAAUUGACUCACCAGCUGUCGGCUGCCGAAGAAGAGAAGAAAACGCUGAACCAGCUGCUGCGGUUGGCCGUGCAACAGAAACUCAGCCUUACGCAGAAGUUGGAGGAACUGGAAAUGGAUCGUGAGUUGCGUCACGUUCGCCGGCCGGCGGUUUCGCAGCGCGGCGGAGGCGGUGGUGGUGGAGGCAAAUCUGCAUUCUCACGCGGACAACCGGCCAGAAACAGUCUCCAGAACCCGAACAACAGCAACAGCAAUAGUAACAACUCGAACCAGGCAUUCUUCUAACAUAAGGUGAGCGUGCAGCGUAAAAUACUGGCAUUCCUCUAUACGCUCCUAAAACUGUAAGCGGAAAAGAGAACGGCAUGUAGAAGGGGAGGGAAAAUCACAACCAAAAAUGAUCCAUGGUAAAGAGAAUAAGUGCACGUUUCAUCGAGAUCUCCUGGUUAUGUAUUGGUUGUGUUAUUUCGUAGCGCCACAUUACCUGUGCCCAUUUUGGCAUAACAUUGUGGUGUGCCGUAUUGGGUCGAUUAGUCUUCAAUCCGCUGCAAUAUCUCGCAAAAGAACGCAUCCACUGUGCAUGGAUGUGUGUUUUGCAAGUUUUUAAAAACAGCAUGAGAAAAAAUCUAAAUUAAACCGUUGCGUCACACAAAAUUGAAGAAACAAACAAAAAAUCACUAGAAAAAUAUUUCCAUCCAUAAGAGAAACGAACGAGCAUAGAGUUAGUUGCAGUAUACAACUCGUUAUAAAACGUAAUGAUCGGUGGGGGUAGACGCGGCGUUCGAAGCCGUUCUGUAAAGAGUGUAUUCUUUAUGUAUGCAAUAGGACGAAAUGGCUGAAUUGAAAGAUAUAAUAUUUAUUCGCACCGAGUGUGGCAGCUACGAUGAUGGCAGCAAGGGAUCGACUGAUCAGGAGACGACGCAAAUUUUAGGCACGUUUUGUUCGUGAGUAGAAUAAUGGAAUUAUUUAAUAAUAAAAAAAACAUGUGAAUUUCAUACCGUUCUGUCGGUGGGUUGUGGUCUAAAAAAAAUCAAUAGUUACACUAACAAACGACAGGGUAGACACGAGGAUUUAUUAUUUCUAUAUGACUAGAUAGAGUUUAUUUAUGAAUGCACCCUGCAUUCCGUCAGAUUAUAUGCGCGUGCCAAUUCAGCACGCAUGGACUGAUGGAAACGAUCAUGUGACGUUACUAACAAGCAGGGAUCCUUUAGUUCUCUACGGUGAUUGCAAUGCAAAAGUUAAAAUUCUGGACCAACCUUUUUCCCUCCAGAGCCCCCUCCCGUUUGCAUACGACGCUGAUGGGUGAGCAGAUGUACGACCGCCCGAGAGUGUUGUCGUAUCGGUUUGGGGUUGGGGUGGUAGCAAAGGAAACAAAUAUGUGCCAAGGCACACUAACCGUAUUUUGUUUCCGUUCAGCGUAGUUUGCAAAAGCACAAAGCCGAUCAUCCAGAGAUGAUCUCCGCCAGAACGGCUAGUUGCGGUUUGUGUUUAGUGUCUUCCGUGGGAGGUUAUGAACAACGACGUUCUGCCACGUUCAUCAAUCAUUAUUGAACAUAAGGGGAAACAUGGUCAAGCGACACCAUAGCAUACAAAGCUAACCCGCAUCUAACCGAUAGCGCUCCAUGAUAGUUUUCAAUUUCAAAUUCAAAGGUAUAGCACACAGAGGUAUAUUCUCUUUAUUUAUUUUUUCCCCUGAAGGCUGUCCGUCUUAGCGCGUCCCGUAGGUCUUCCUUUGGUUGUUAAAAAAGAAAGUCAUAAAUCAAGUCAUCAGACGAUGUAGGAACCGAUAGCAAUUGCAUUCGAUAUGAUACCACCCGAUAAGCCACACAAAUAUGACAUCAACGACACGGCAAGUAAUAAACUAUCUGUCCAAUAAAGUCCAUUCUAGGUUUUGUAAGUUGGUAUUUGCUAUCGUUUAUAAAUAUGAUACAUAUUCGACCGAUAUAGCAAAUAAAAUACUAUCAGAAAUCGUAAAUAUGGGAUAUAACAUCGCAAAGGGAUUCAAAUCGAUCAAGAUCUUUCCAAGAAAAAAUAAAACAAGAGACCCCAAAAUGAGAAAACACGUGCAUUAGGUUGUCAGGUAAUAAUGUCGCGGAAAGCGACAGUGUUAACCCGCAACUGGAUGGACUUCGUCUUGAACAAAUCGUCUAAUCGUCCAAAAUUAACUAUUAGAGUGUUAUAUCCGUUAUUCAAUCCGUUUGCCAAUAUUUUUGCGAGGAAGAAGAUAUAAGCGUUAUUACGAGAAAUAAAGAUUAUUAUUAUGACAAAAAUGAAUACUCUACAAUGGGAAUUUAGCGUAGUCCUUGUUUUGGUGAUCUAUCUAGAUGAAACUGAUUGAGGGAUGCCAAAUUGGAACCAAUGAGAUAAACGGGGGGACGGACCGAAGAAAGAAUCACGAGGAGAACGUAGCGGAGAAGAGAAAUUGGAUUGUGAAUCUCUGGAAUGCAGGUGAAAUUAUGCGAAAUUUAAGAAACAAGAAUAUGAAAGUCUACCGAGCCAUAUAUUUAUUAUCAAAACAAUGGUAAAGUGGUACCCACUUUAAGAACAGGAAUACAAUUCUAAUAGAUAUUGUACUUAUAUCUGUAUGGAUAGGAAAAAAUUGGGAAUAUUCCAAAAGAUUCGAGAUCGGAAAGUUAGUUGAUUGUGGGAAAAGAGAUGUGAACUAAAAUCUCCCACGCGAAACGGGAUAAUAAAAGGCGAGAAACUGAAUCUUUUUACUAGAACGAAACCCGCAGCGAUGUGAAACGACCGAAAACACAUAACAUAAGCAAAAUAUCCAUAAAUCACGAUAAACAAAAAGUAACUACAUGAAGUAUAAUACUUAUAAUAAUUAAUCACCGUCCCUUUUUGAAAUGAUAAGAUUUAAGAGAUGGCUCUAAAGAGUGUAGAAAUUAAUUAUACGAUCAUGUGAAUUGUUUCCGACGAAAGCAUUUUUGUACUUUUUCGGUACACGGAUCUCAACCGGAGUAACAAUUGGAGCAAACAAGAUGCACGACAUAGGCACCAUCAUGGCCAUUGUUCUUCCCGUAUGGGCGUAUAUUUGUGCAAUGCGUUUUUGUUUGUUUUAUGUUUCUAUGAAUUUAACGACAUUAAACAAUAAUUGAAAAAUGGUUUAACGAUUUGUUCUAUUAAUUGUCAAGAAAUAUUUUCCAACUUCUUAUGCAACAAGGUGAAUCGUCACGUGUUUUGUUAAGUUGUAUAAACCAAAAGCUUAUUAUCGCUUCUUAUCGCAAUGAUAUCGUUUACCCAAUGAAAAACAAUUAGACGUAAAGUUUACUGCGACCGAUAUCAAAUAGAGAAGGGUAGUGAUUACAUUAAUCUUAUGUUAACCAAGCAAUAGUACUACCUUAUUCUUGCAUUAAAAACCAAAACUUCCGGAUUGCAACUCAUACUUAAUUGUGUUUUUGGCAUAGAGCUAGCAUUAGCAAACAGGAGAAUAGUUUAGCAAGGCACAUUCGUUAUAUAUUUUCACUGCAAUAGAGAAAAUAGAGUAGACAGUAAGUAAAAAAAAAAACGUGAGCUACAGAAUGCAAAGGAUAAUGUAGCAAUUUUGUUACGCGUUCCUUAGUUGAGUCGAAACUAAAGCACCCUAACGUUUGGUGUGUAGUGUGAAUCCCUCCCCUCCCGUUAAUGUUGGUGUAAGGUAUCUGGCAGUGACAAAAAUUAGCAGUAGUUUCCUAUUACUAACUCUGUAGUGAGUGUAGCGACAAUUGAUGGGUAGUAAACUACCAGCAACAAAAAUCUUAUUCCCUCCUAGUGUAGCAUAAUUUAAACAUACAUUUGAUCGUUCGUUCGUUAUUCCUCACAAAAGGCAAAAUGAAAGAUACAACAACAAGCCCAGUUGGGUGCGAAAAAAUCAGAGGAAACAAAAAUCAGCCAUGGAUAUUGUCAACGGGAAUGGAUAAAGUUGUCCUGUGUCCAGCUUCCAUUCAUUUGCAAUGGUUUUGAUAUUGGUUGAAUUUUUUGUUGGGAAGAAUCAUUAAACCUAGA